UUUAAAAAUGAAGAGUGGAAAUGGAGUCUCCGGGACCGGAAAAUUUCUCAGGUGGUCAGAAAAAGGUAUUCGAUGAACUUGUUCAAGGCCGUGAAUUGGCAGCUCAACUUCAAUUUCUCCUCCGUGACUCUACCGGAGAUCAUGGGUCGGUUACUGCAGAGGAUUUGGUUCCAAGAAUCAUGAAAUCGUUCAACCAGGCUAUUGCGGCACUGAGUUCCGGCGAGUUAGGUGAGGUUUCUGGAGAUCCGGCAACUUUGGAAUCUGAUUUGCCUUGUUAUGAUAGACAGAGGAGUGAAGAUUCCGGCGAGAAAAGGAAAAAACCGGCUUCCAUUGAUCAUCGGAGAGGAGGAUAUAAGAGAAGAAAGAUGUUAGAGACAUCGAUCAGAACUACUUCCACACCCAUAGAAGAUGGUUAUUCCUGGAGAAAGUAUGGUCAGAAAGAGAUCCUCAAUGCCAAAUAUCCAAGGAGCUACUUCAGGUGCACACACAGGCAUGAUCAAGGAUGUCUAGCAACAAAACAAGUUCAAAAAACAGAAGAAGAGACACCCAUGUAUCGCACCACUUAUAUAGGCCAACACACAUGUAGAGAUGUGCUCAAGGCUCCUCAAUUUGUCAUGGAUGGUAUUCCCAGAGACGCUUUUCUAUUCAGCUUUGAUUCUUCAAACAUAACUACAACCAAACAAGACCUUACUCAUGGUUUCUCACCUCUCCCUUCCAUCAAAGCUGAAUACAAUCCAGAGGAAGCAACAACCCCUCUCACUGCUACUACUACUACUACUAUUGAUCAUCAUUAUCCAACGGCUCAUGACAAUCAAUCCUCAUCUGAUGAGUAUUUCCUAUUGCCUGAUCUAAAGCCAUUGGAUUCAUCAAUCUUGCCUUCUACUCCUGGAUCUGAUUAUGGAGAUGUUUCUGGUGUUUAUUCUUGUACCACCAGUUCUCACAGUAGUUUUGACAUGGAUAUCAACUCUAUUUUGGGUUGUGUUGAUUUUGAUGAUGUAUUCAACUUUGAUAAUGAUGGAGUUUUGCUUGAGGUUUAG